UCUCUCGCGCGCUCUCCCCGCAGCGCCGCCUCAUGGGGCCCCGCUGGAGCCGCUGCGUGCAGGGCGGGCAGCCCUGGCAUCACCUGCCGGGGACCCGCGGCUGCGUUCAUCUGAGCAAUGAGGGUCAGAGCUGAAGGAAUUGAGAGGUGCAGAUGACCCCGACACCCACGGGGCCACCCGCUUUGAGGCAUUUCCUGAGGCGGCCCUGGGAGAUCCCACCCCGGUGCACUGGAGACGAUGUGCACAGCUCUGGCUCUUGGUACCCACUGACUUUAGAUCAGGCUCUUUAUCAUCAACCAAGGGGUCUUCGCAGACUGAAGAAAUAAUUUUUGUCUAUGCUCAGCCCGUUUGGAAGCAGCAGUCAGAAAAGCUCAAAGUUCUAGUGCCUAAAAUACCCCGUCCCCUGGGAAACCAUUUCAUAUUUGUUUCCAACUCCAUUUCAGGGUAUACAGUCCGAACUCCUUAUGUUGUGCUCAGGAAAGAAGAGUCAAUCCACCCGAACUCAAGGCAGCCCGGGCUGGCUGUGGAAGGCUCUCCCCGCGGCGCUGGGAUGCGUGCAGCCGGGCGUUGCUCUGAAGCUGUCAGGCGCUGCAAAGUGCCGUGUCUGAAAUGACAGGCACCGAGACUGCGGCUGUCAGCACGGCUCCGCGUCCCGUGGCUGUCCUCUGACACGCUCCCCGUCACUGCUGUGCUUAAGAUUUUUUUGGGAUUUCUCAUGAGGGAACAAUUUCCUUGCCAGCUCUGCCCAAUCACUUUGCAAUGGGACUGCAGAAUCUGGAAGGUGUACUUCUGUGGCACGGCUGCAGCCUUGGAGUGGGUGCUUCUGCAAUGUGGAUUAGACCAGGCCUUGCAAAGCCUAUGGGAUUAGUUGAAGGUCCAGGAGGCUUGGGCCAGGGGGGAAUGGCUGCUACCCUGAGAGAUGAUAGCCAUGAAUCGGAGACUAAAUAUGAAGAAUAUGGUUACAAUGCCCAACUCAGUGACAGGAUAUCUCUCGACAGGUCCAUCCCUGACUACAGACCAAAAAAGUGCAAGCAGAUGACCUACCCAGAUGACCUGCCCCAAAUCUCUGUGGUCUUUAUAUUUGUUAACGAGGCACUGUCUGUCAUCCUGCGCUCCGUGCACAGUGUUGUGAAUCACACCCCAUCACAUUUGCUCAAAGAGAUCAUUCUGGUGGAUGACAACAGUGACAACGUUGAGCUCAAAUUUAACCUGGACCAGUAUGUCAAUAAAAGAUACCCAGGUCUGGUGAAAAUAGUGCGCAAUAACAAACGAGAAGGACUGAUUCGAGCCAGAAUCCAAGGCUGGAAAGCUGCAACCUCUCCUGUUGUUGGGUUCUUUGACGCUCACGUUGAAUUCAACAUUGGCUGGGUGGAACCUGCGCUUACCCGGAUCAAAGAAGAUAGAAAGAGGAUCAUCUUGCCAGCAAUUGACAACAUCAAGUACAACACUUUUGAAGUGCAGCAAUACGCCAAUGCAGCCCAUGGCUACAACUGGGGCCUCUGGUGCAUGUACAUCAUCCCACCACAGGACUGGCUCGAUAAAGGGGACGAGUCGGCUCCUAUCAGGACACCAGCCAUGAUUGGAUGCUCGUUUGUAGUAGACCGAGAGUAUUUUGGUGAGAUUGGCUUGCUUGACCCUGGCAUGGAGGUCUAUGGAGGAGAAAACAUUGAAUUAGGCAUGAGGGUCUGGCAAUGUGGAGGAAGUAUGGAGGUGCUUCCCUGCUCUCGUGUGGCACACAUCGAACGCACAAAGAAACCCUACAACAACGACAUCGAUUACUAUGCAAAGCGCAACGCCCUACGGGCCGCGGAGGUCUGGAUGGAUGACUUCAAGUCCCAUGUUUACAUGGCAUGGAACAUCCCCAUGGCAAACCCUGGAGUUGAUUUUGGAGAUGUUUCUGAAAGAAUAGCUCUACGACAGAGACUGCAGUGCCGGAGUUUUAAGUGGUACUUGGAGAACGUCUAUCCUGAAAUGAGAGUCUAUAAUAACACAGUCACUUAUGGAGAGGUGCGUAACAGCAAGGCUAGCGGCUACUGCUUAGAUCAGGGAGCUGAAGAAGAUGAUAAAGCAAUCCUUUAUCCAUGCCAUGGAAUGUCCUCUCAGCUCGUUCGCUACAGCUCUGAUGGUGUCCUGCAGCUGGGGCCGCUGGGCUCCACGGCCUUCCUGCCUGACUCCAAAUGCCUCAUUGACGAUGGGAAGGGCAGGACGCCGACUCUGAAGAAGUGUGAAGAUGUCCUGAGACCAGCACAGAGGUUCUGGGAUUUUACACAGAAUGGUCCAAUCAUCAGCAGAGACACUGGCCGUUGUCUAGAAGUGGAAAUGUCAAAGGAUGCAAAUUUUGGGCUCAGAUUAGUUGUACAAAGGUGCUCGGGGCAAAAAUGGAUGAUUAGAAACUGGAUAAAACACGGCCGACAUUGAUCGCUGGGGCUGAGAGGCUGCUUCUCCUGCCGUUGUCCAUUGCUCAGUGUGCCAUAUCUUACAAGGCAUUUGUCUUAAAGCAAAAUAGUUUGAACAGGACUUGAUCUAAAGAGUCCUCCAUAGUUGGGCAUUCAAUGGAGGGAAAAAAAGAAAAAAAAAAGUAAAUACAUACACGCUCUAUUUGACUAUUUCUUGCUACAGUAGAUGACCUGGGAAGCUUAAGAAGAGUUUUCUGUUUAUUUGGAAAUCUUGGGAAGAUCAGAAAGCACAGAAAAGUGUGUUCCUAAGCUCUCCUAGGAGAAAUAACAGACAUGUUUCUAUGAGUUCAAAGGAGAGAUCCCAAUACUGCCUCAUAAAGAGAGUUCUCCGUUGGGUAGCUUUUUAGCUUUAAGUUAUUGACUGGUGCACAAAUCCUAUGGUGAAUAAUCAUGUGCCUUUUUUAUUGUACUUCGUAUACAAGAGGACUGGAAAAAUCCUACCUUUUCAGCAUGUCUGGCUCAUUGUACUAAAACGAAGACCUGUAAAUAACACUGGAAAACAUAAUACAAUAUAUGAUAAAUUUCAAGGUUGAUUGUUUAGGAGUCUCUAUCUCUAGAAAGAGACUGCUCUGCAUAUGUUUACAGGUGGUUCUCAACCUUCAAGCUGCUCAAAGGCAGCAUUUUAGAGACCUCUUCUAUAGAUGCAGAUAAACGUUGAAUAGGUAAAAUAACCACAUGUUCCAUUGUAUUGCCACAUUUUACAUUUCUUGACUGUAAAAGCGUCACAAUAUAGCACUUGCAUAUUUAACUCUUUUGAGGCAGUAAAUGUCCUAGUAGGUGAGUGGAUUUCAAGAGGCCUCUGUUGGCCUUCAAGCCCCAAGUACAAGUUCAGGGCUCCCAUCCUGCAGGGCUGUGCCUGCAGGUGCACUUGGUGUUGUUCCAGCGACCGCCUGGAGCCGGAGGCAGGGAGCGCUGGCUGACCUUUACUUCUGCAAAUAAGGUGACUUUGUUGCCAUCUGUGGAAUUUAGCAAUUGGAGCCUUCCAUUUUGUUGCCCAUCUUGUGAAAAUGUCAAAUGUGAGCAAACAUGCUUUGUGAGCACUGUCUAGACAAAUUUCCUGAACAAACCAACAAAGGCUUUUCAGCAUUUGAAAACAGUAGCCUAGUGCUAAGAGAAGAAGUUGGAGCAGGAGAGAACUAGGCAGCAUACAUAAGAAAUGUUACUCUGAAAUAUAGAUAUUUUACUGUAGUUGACCUGGUGACAGCAUAUUUGUGAACCUGAAUUUAAUAAUGUAUCCAGUGGCUCCUGUAGUGUCUGUGCACAGGCAGCCAGAAACAAUGGCAGAGCCUUAUCCAGGAGGCUAUCAGAGCUGAUGACCACUGCCAAGGUCAUCAGGCUUUGGGUGCGGGUCCACGGCAGAUGGCUUCACUGCAGUAAAUUCAGUCAUACUGAAUGAGAGACAGAGACAGUAUCUUAACUUUGUUGUUUAAUAUUUUAUAGUACUUUUAAAAAAGGUUUUGUUUUGUUUUACUGAGCUAGGAAAAUAGGUAAUUGCAGACACUGCAGUACCAUAAAUCUUGGUGAUCUGUUUCUUGAAGAGCUUUUGCCGUUCCUAUUUCAAGGCAUGCUGAACAAAAUAAAAUGGAAACAAAGUUAAUUUUUCAAGGGCAUGGUGUGUAAUAAAAUAUUUACUUUUAACAUGCAAAUUCCAUCAGUUGUUGUCAACUCUUGGUUGGCAUCCAGAGAGCACAUCACUAUAUUUUGCCCCAAUUUUAUUUUUGCAGUUGUGUGUACAGUAUGUAAUACAAAGUCUGGAUUUUUUUUGGAGGGUGGCUAAUAGCUAAUCUUUAUUUAUGUCACAUGCACCAGGUUAUGCAUGAAUAUAUACAAAAGAAUAAUUGUGGGUGAGAUUCUAAUGUAAAAAUGGUUAAAAUUCUGUGUUUAUGGUUCCUUGACCUCUAGAACAGUGUAAUAAGACCUGCAGGGAGAGGUAACAUCUUGAAUUAAUCAGGCAUUACAUUAAAAAAUAUCAUGGAUGGGCUCGGUACUCAAUCCUUCCUGCAGGUCUGAAACAGAGGUAGGAAGCUUCAGGCUAAAUAUAGAUUGGGAACGGUUGCCCUGCGUUUAACCUCAUUACGUUAACCUACUAGACAAUUUAAAAGAACAGUUAUCUACAAGGCAGGUGUUGAAUUCUUUGUAUGGGAAUUCUAUUCGUACGUGACUUUUCAUCUUCUCUCAGAUACAAUUUAAAAGAGGGAAAUUGUAUGAAACUUUUAUUCCUUCUUUUGUUUAUUCUAACAGAGUUUUAUGGCAUGGCUGAGGGAGGCAGGAAGACAGAAGGGAAAGUUACUUUUACCUGGUGAGUUCUGGGGGGAGUAAAGUCACAAGUCGUUCACACCUUUUGUAGUCUUUUCAGUUAAAUACAGCUAACUAUGAAGGUGGCUCAAAGGUGAAAAUAGUUACAUGUCAGUGUCACAGCCGAAUGCCUCACUAGUAUGAGUAUAAAGUUACUGCACCCAACAGAAGCUAAUAUGCCACGUGUUUUUUCCUGUCUUAAUUCAUCAGUCUAGCCUUGAUCCUUGGUUAGCAAUGGAGCAGCAAGCUUUUCAACCCUUUGUAAAUGAGAAAGGAGAAAUACCAAAUCUACUGUCCUAAAAAAAAAUGUUGCAUUUGCUGUUUAGAAGCUUUGAAGCUGAGACCAGAUAGAUGUGCUUUUACUGUCAAAGAUUUUGAGCAAAACUUACCACCUUUCAUUACCACACCACCAUAAUGGACAUGAAUUGGCUGUCCUGGGAAUUACAUGGCUGCACAUUUUCAGUACUCAGUGCAAAGCACUUGAAUGUGCCCACGUGGUCUCACCAAGGGUCAGUCCUGGUAAGCUUUAAGCGCAGAAGUCACGCAUAGCAGAAAGCCUGCAACAACCACUUCAGUAUGAGAAAGAAGGCACAUUUCUGUGAUAGUUAAAUGGCUCUGAGAUUUACGGAAUAACAUAAAGGCAUUCAAAUAACUUAAAGGUGAGGUUGGUUUUCUCUGUGAUUGUCAGGGUGGUUUUUUUUAAGACUUAAUGAAACAAUUUCUUAUAUUUAAGAAAUACGUCUGUUGUGUUCUUUUUACUUUGGUCUUUAUCUGUCUGAACCACUGCUUUGACUGUGGUAUUAACAUGGUAAAUCUGCAUGUGAGAGAGUCUUAAAUAUUCUCUCAUAAAAGGAAUAAUAAUAAUAAAAAAGGCUUGAGUAUUAUCUGUUUUAACCAAAGUCUAUGGGUCUGUUGUCAGUAAUUCACCCGUAGUGUAAUCCAAAGUCCUGCUUCAUGUUGUUUCAAAUUUUCAGUCAUGUUUCCUGCAGUGCAGAUAAUCUCAAAAGUGUUUAAUGCCUUGUAGAGGAAAUUCAGAUGAGAAUAGAGUUUUCAAUGUCUUUUUUGUUUAAGAGAUUUUGGAGUUAAAUACUAGGUCCUGGGAAAGAGGAAUAGAAGGCAAGAAGGAACAUCAGGUCUGGUACACUCAUAUCAUAGGCAAGCAUGCCAAAUGAUACUUCUGUAAGCAUGUCAAGAUCUCUUAAAAACGAGCUCAAGUCCUGCAUGGAAAAAAAACCAUACAGAACUCUCUCCUUUGAGAGCUAUAAACUGUCUUCCAAGCUGAAUUUAUUCUUGGCUUGAAUAAAGCCAUUUGUUCCUUAGCCAGACUUGUUCACUAGCUUUAUCGGCUUAGUGGUUCUUGAGGCAUGCUCACCUCCAGUGGAAGGAGCUAAGGGAAGGAAGAAUUUUUUUAAGAAGGUGUUACUGAAGGACUUGAUUGAUUGCACUGGAAUUACAUAAAUGGUGUACUCCUCCAUGAGGCAUGAGAACUCUUCAGGACUGUCCCACAUCCCAAAAGCUAAGAACAGGUUCCACAGACAAAAAUGCGAAGACUAAGGCAGUUCUUCAUGUAUACUCUGGAAGUGUUGAACUAUCUAUCUCAGCUUAAUGAAUGACUUGGAGCUUGGCAUGUCUGAACAUCGAGCCCUCCUAGUCCUCUGGAAACUGUUUGGAUCUCUUUUUAUCAGCCUGCUUCUUUAUAAAAACUGUUCUAGCAGAUGAAAACCUCAUGUGCUGUGUGACAAGGGGCGUCAUCUAUCUGACAUAGGACAGCUGAAAUUUUAAAUGCUUAGGCCAUAUGUAAUAAGAAUGAAUAAAAUAGCACCAGUCCUAAUCUGUUCUUCAGAUCAAUUACACCUUCCUUCAGUAUCCAGCAUUCAGUUGAAUCGAUUCAUUAGCAGCCAUAACAAAGCAUAUUACAGCCUGUUUGGGGACAAAAUGAGUUCCACUGUAAGAAAUUCAACAAAAGUUGCAGUUCAGGGAGAGUAUGGCAUAUUACUAUUCAGGCAGGACACAAAAACCUUUGGGUUCUUUUGUGGUUUUGUUUGCUUCUUUGUUUUUUGUUUGUUUGUUUGUUAGGUGAAAGCCUUUGUGAGGAAGAACAACUGUCAGAAUUCCCUCAGUUGAAAAUGGUUCUAACAAACGAGUUCUAUUUUUGACCGCUGCUAUUUUGACUAACAGCUACUUAGCACUAACACAGACAGUCCUGAGGUCAUGCUACAGACAAAAGAUGGUAUUGCAAAUUGGAGGAACUAGCUAACAACAUGGAUAGAAACCAUGGGAGGAUCACGUCUUCACACAUCUCUAAAUAUGAAUGUCACAAAAACAAACCUAAUGUUACCUUCGCUCAGGAAGGAACCACAAACUUUAUACAGUUUUGAAUUCCUUCACUAAGAAUACCAAUUUAAGAGACCAGAGUAGCGUAUACCUCUAGAUCUUAUUUUGCAGACAACAUUUAUUUAUUUUUUUGGUGACAUUAGUGGACUUAAGGUGACAGCUGUAAUCAUUGGAUACAUGGAAAAAUCAAUUAAUUGGCCAUAAUCUACUGAAGCAUGCACAUCAUGCAUUACCUGUGCUGUAACAUGGAUAUUCAUCAACCCCUAAUGCACUGACUGUUUCCUCCUAGAGAUGGAGUCUGCUUACUUAGUGAAAUAAGGGAACUCAAGGAGUCAGUACUGCAAGGACACAGCUAAUAGUUCUCAGUGAAUCUGGCACAAAGCACAGCAAUAUUUACAUCUCUACACAAAUGUAAUAAAUUACCUUCAGGUUCUCUCUUAACAAUCUCCCUGUUUUACUCUGGUAACUGCUGAAACUAUCUUGUCCUUUAGAAUAUCUGGAAUACGCCAUGUGAAGAUUUUAGCUGUCUCUACAAUGCACCAGCCAUGGAUGGCCUCACAUAAAAGAUUUACAAUGAACCUCUCUAAUACAUUGUAACUGAUAUUAGAAUGGUUUCACAAAAUAUAUUGACUUAUUUAAAAACAUUACUAAUAUGUAACUAUUGUCCUCAUGGAUUGCCCUAAAUAAAAACAAUGUUUUCUUUGCCCAAAAAUAUUUACUUAGAAACAUCUCAGUGAAGGAAUGCAUGCCAGCCUGAUUUCAAAGAACAGAAUUUCUGAAUGAAGAUUGUGCUUCAGAGACUUGUAGAAGCACUUAUUACAUUUCAUAGGGCUGCAAUUUUCUAUUGGCCAUCAAAAAGUAUUGGCCAGUUUUAAACUCAUUGUAAAAAGUUAAAAAAAUAAUGCACCAACCAGAAGGCAAGUUGUGACUGCAAAUAAUUUUUCAUUAUGUGGCACAUCAUCAAAUCAAUUUGUAUUUACACGCAAAAAGUCAA